GAAAAACGUUGCAAAAAACGUUGCGAAAAACGUUGCCAAAAACGUUGCCAAAAACGUUGCCAAAAACGUUGCCAAAAACGUUGCCAAAAACGUUGCCAAAAACGUUGCCAAAAACGUUGCCAAAAACGUUGCCAAAAACGUUGCCAAAAACGUUGCCAAAAACGUUGCCAAAAACGUUGCCAAAAACGUUGCAACAAAAACUUUAGCAGAAAC